AUGGAGGAAAUCCUGAUCAGUUCGAACUCCCACGAAGAAUCGGACAAUGUUUUUUCCCAGAUAAGUCUCCGGCCGUUCGACCUCUCCGACGUCGAUGAUUUCAUGGAAGCGGCGGCCAAGUACAUCGCCGAGGUGGCGAUCCCCCACCCUUGGCUCCGCGCCAUCUGCAUCGGGAAUCGAGCUGUCGGGGCAAUCUCCGUCGCCCCCGGGACGGGCGGCGACAGGUGUCGGGGCGAGCUUGGUUACGUCCUGGCAUCGGAGUAUUGGGGCAAGGGAAUCGUUACGCGGGCGGUGAGGAUGGUAGCCUCUAGCAUUUUUUUGGAGUGGCCUCACAUGGAGAGGCUUGAAGCCCUUGUGGAUGUAAAUAACAAGGGGUCACAGAGGGUGCUGGAGAAGGUUGGGUUUGUGAGGGAAGGUGUUUUGAGGAAGUACUUCUUUCAGAAGGGAAAAGCCAGGGACAUGGUCAUGUUUAGUCUUCUUUCAACUGACCCCCUAGUGAACUAA